ACCUGUAGCUGAUAUCCCUGCUCCCUUCCACAGAGAGAGAGAGGGUUCGCCAAGCUUCACCAUGGCUAGUUACUCCACCAACCAGCGCAUGAAACUACCCUUGGUGUGCAUCGUGCUCGAGGUCAUUCUCAUCAUCCUCUUCGGUGUGCUAGUGGAGUAUGAUGACCACACCGACCCCCGCAAAUGGCACAAGAAUCAGACGAGUGUCAAUAACGCCGAGAACGAUUUCUACUUCAGAUAUCCCAGUUUCCAAGAUGUCCAUGUGAUGAUCUUCAUCGGCUUCGGGUUCCUCAUGACGUUCCUGCAGCGUUAUGGCUUCAGCAGUGUUGGGUUUAACUUCCUCAUUGCUGCUUUUUCUUUGCAGUGGGCCACGCUCAUGCAGGGCUUCUUCCAUGGCUUACAUCAUGGCAAGAUCCACGUUGGAGUGGAGAGCAUGAUCAAUGCAGACUUCUGCACCGGCUCAGUGCUGAUCUCAUUUGGAGCCGUACUGGGCAAGACAAGCCCAUUCCAGAUGCUGGUCAUGGCCAUCUUUGAGGUCACGCUGUUUGCUGUGAACGAGUUUAUUCUCCUCACUCUUUUGGCUGCAAAAGAUGCCGGGGGAUCGAUGACCAUCCAUACAUUCGGAGCGUACUUUGGACUGAUGGUGACACGUGUGCUGUACAGGCCCAACCUGGACAAGAGCAAGCACAAGAACGGCUCUGUGUACCAUUCUGACCUCUUUGCCAUGAUCGGUACAAUCUACCUGUGGAUGUUCUGGCCCAGCUUCAACUCGGCCAUCACUGCUCAUGGAGAUGACCACCAACGCACUGCCCUCAACACAUACUACUCUCUGGCAUCCUGCACACUCGCCACAUACGCCUUCUCUUCUUUGGUCAACCAUGAAGGAAAACUCGACAUGGUGCACAUUCAGAAUGCCGCGCUGGCGGGCGGUGUCGCUGUGGGAACUGCUGGUGAGAUGAUGCUGACCCCGUAUGGCUCCAUGAUCGUGGGAUUUCUUGCUGGAACAAUCUCAGUGCUGGGGUAUAAGUACCUCACUCCUGUUUUAGAGUCAAAAUUAAAGAUCCAAGAUACGUGUGGUGUUCAUAACCUACAUGGCAUGCCUGGCAUCCUGGGCGCCAUCGUCGGAGCCGUCACUGCUGCUGCAGCAACAACUUCUGCGUAUGGCAAAGGAAUGAAGGAUGUGUUCCCCGAUUUCCAGGAAACAGGAGCAUCUGGUCAGGGUUUGAUGCAGGCCAUCUCUUUAGCUGUCACACUAGGCAUGGCUCUGUUUGGUGGACUCAUUGUUGGGUUCAUUCUUAAGCUGCCCAUUUUUGGAGCCCCACCGGACACUCAGUGCUUUGAGGAUGGAAUCUACUGGGAGUUGCCAGGAGAAGAGGAGACCGGCGAUGAGCUGACAGCUGUGAAUUCAGCGGAAGAAUCAGAGAAACUCAACGGUUAAACGAUGUCUACCUUGAGAAUGAGUGAAUGUGUGUGUGUGCACGUGCGUGUGUCUGCGUAUGUGUACUGAUUUACCUCUGAAACACUCAGGGUCUCCACUCAGUGCUGAGUGUCACUGCUGCACCCUCCACGGUUCACUCAAUAGGCAUGGAUUUUAUACACUUUUCUAUUCAAUCGUGGGGAAACGUGUGAUGGUUUAGUAAUUUGGUCAAGUAUGGAGAACACCUUUAUACACAGACGUGUUAUUUUACAUGUUUUUCAGAUUAAUUUCUGUAUCGAACUCAGUGAAGUAUUUUAUCCAUCCAUAUGAAAUGUAAACAAAAUGUGUUUUAUAUGAUUUUUAAACAAAGACCUCCAACA